AUGACUGUUUUCCUCUCUCGAGACCAAGGCAGAGCGGACAUUGAAAAGACGCCAGGGUCCCAUAUUGAAAAGCGUAGGGCUUGGCGUGUUGGGGAGAAGAAAAUGGGGGCGCUAGCAUCGACGCGUAGGCACCUGCCGGCGGAGCUCAACUUCAUCACGAUCCAUUAUUGCUACUUCAUCGUCGUCUGCCUGCUCAGCUCCGCCGUCUUCUGGGCGAGCAGCAGCCAGCAUGGCGGCAGCCGGAUUAGCUACAUCGACAGCCUGUUUGUCGUCGUGUCGGCCAUGACCGAGGCCGGCCUCAACACGGUCAACCUCAGCACCAUGACGGCGUGGCAGCAGACGAUGCUGUUUCUGCUCAUCAUAUGCGGCAGCACCAUCUGGGUGUCCAUCUGGACCGUCGUGGCGCGGAAGUUUGUGUUUCAUCGCCGGUUUGUGCGCGCACAGCCCAGGCGUCCCGACGUCUGCAUGGCCGGACGGCAGAGUGUGCGCGGAGCAGCAGCCACGGACCGAGAAGCGAGCACCGAGGAUCGGGGAACGGCUUGCGUGCAGCCCACAUCGCCUGACGAGAAUGCGGCGGAGGAAGAAGAGCAGGCACGGCCUCAGACCUGCGCCGGCCCUUGCAGCUUGGACCAGGAGCCGACGAGUCUCGAGACCGAAGAGGAGGGCCUCACCGAUGCAAAGAGCAGGCGUGUUUGCGGCUGCGAGUACCGUGCCCUCGAGCUGCUCUCCAUUGUCGUGCCGCUGUACUUUUUCCUGUGGCAGCUUCUGGGCUGUCUCGCCCUCGGCGCUUGGAUGCACAGAAACAUGCCCGAUACGGCGCUGGCCAACGGCAUCAACCCGUGGUGGCUGGGCGUCUUCAACGGCGUCUCGGCCUUUAACAACUCUGGCAUGUCGCUGCUCGACGCCAACAUGAUGCCCUUUCAGGGCGCCUAUUUCGUCCUCAUCACCAUGGGCCUGAUGAUUCUCGCCGGAAACACGGCGUAUCCCAUCUUUCUCCGAUUCAUCUUCUGGUCGGGCCUCGAGGUGCUGGACUGGACGACCGAGGCGGCCAAGUUUCAGAGCACCAAGCUCGCUGUCAGGCUCUUGCUCAAGGACCCGCGGCGCAUAUACACGAACCUAUUUCCGUCGCGCCUCACGUGGUGGCUCCUCUUUAUGCUCGUCUGCCUCAACACGGCCGACUGGGUGCUCUUUGAGGUGCUCAAUCUGCAUAACCCCGUGGUUGGGAGCAUUCCCGUCGGGCCGCGCGUUUUGGUCGGGCUGUUUCAAGCGUUGGCUGUCCGGUCGGGUGGAUUCUAUGUCGUUCCGAUUGCGCAGAUUUCCAUUGGCGUUCAGUUUCUAUACGUCAUCAUGAUGUACAUUGCGGUGUAUCCUGUUGUUAUUACGAUACGCCAGUCCAAUGUUUACACGGACAAUCUAUUUCACAACGAGCUGGCUAAUGGGAUACAUGCUAUACCACACGCUGCUUUGCCCAGGCAGGCCAACGUCUCACACCCCAGCGAGAAUGACAGCCUCGCCACCGCGUACGAGACACAGCCAGCAUUGGCUGCACCGACAGACCAACCUACUUUGCGCCGGAGGCUGAGCCACUCAGUGACAACGCCGGCAGACACACAGACCCGGCGGCUGCAUACAGCCUCGCAAGGCGACGAAAGACCUCGUGAGAAGCGGCCAAGCUUUCACACACGACCAUUUUCAUCUCACGGAGCUUCUCCACACGCCACGUAUGACAGCCACAUGAGCUUCAUUCACCAGCAACUUCACGGACAGCUGGCCCAUGAUAUCUGGUUGCUGGUGCUCGCCGUUCUCGUGAUUGUGAUUAUUGAAAGUAAUCACUUCAAUGCCGACCCCGUCAACUUUUCCGUCUUCAACAUUAUAUUCGAAGUCGUCUCUGCGUACGGCACGGUGGGCAUCUCGGUAGGAACGCCGACAGCUGCGUAUAGCUUUGCCGGGACGUGGUAUGCGGGCAGCAAACUGGUCCUCUGUCUGGUGAUGCUGCGCGGCAGACAUAGAGGCUUGCCCACGGCGCUGGACCACGCCAUCAGGCUGCCGGGCCAUCACUUGAAUUGCAAACACUACGAUGUCGAGGACAAGUAG